AUGUGAUGGAGAUCGUUCAAGGGGAUGGAGACGAGUGGAUAUCGUAUUAGAGGUGAAGAUGGGGCUUCUGCGGCUGUCAUCGCCUCCUGCUCCUCCUCGAUAAGAGAGCUCCCUAUGCACGCAAUCCCCCAUUAUCCAUUCCCCAGUAUAAAGUAGAUGACAUUUUUAUAUCCUUAUUCACUUUCCCCUUCCUCUUCCUUCCACUUUGUUGCUCUUUCAGAGAAAGGUUGAGGCUUCUCCUCUCAUCCUUUAUUUCCUCAACUCGAGUCAACUCAAGUGGAGGACAUCUCUUCUUCCGCUUUACAGAUGAGCAUCUUAAAUCAGUCCAUCGGUCCCUGUGGGCAGCCAUUGUUCCCUUCCAAAGGUACUGAUGCACAAGAUGUGUGUCAACAACUUCCGAUGGCUAUGCCGCGGCAUGGAACUCGUUCCUUGAAGGCACCGCAGCUGAGCUCAUCGAAGAGUGCCUCAAUAACCAUUGCAAGCAGAGACUCCUCAGUAGGGGAAUCAUUUACUGGAGCAACCAAUGUUACUAUUGAGAAUGAAAGACAGAAUGGCAUGCCAGAAGGGUUCGGUAAUGGCAUUUGCAACCUGUCUCAUCUGCUCGGUGAUGAACAUCAAUCUAGUUCUAUGGAUCAUCAUAUGACUAUCGAGCAUAACGAUGAACGCAGGACAGCAGUACAUGAUGUGGAAUUCCAGCCCUUUACUCCGAACUUCUUCCAUUCUUUUAUGUAUAAUGAGAAGUUGAAUGUGAUAGAAGAUGUCGUGGGAGAGGUAGGCAGCAUCUCUUCGCAGCCAAUUGAUGUGCUUGCCAUUGUUGUUUCUUCUGCUGUGAAGCUGGAUAGCAGACAGAUCGAUCUCAUUGCUAGGAAGAUGCAGAGAUUGACGGGCUUUAGAAACUUGAGAAUGGAGAACAUCAUCGAUCCAUCCUUAAUAGCUGGCUUUGUCAUUAGCUAUGGUGAUGAUGACUCCCAUAUUAUUGACCUCAGUGUUAAAGGUCAGCUAGCUGUGCUUGCGGCACGUGUCGAAUCUUCCGAUCAGAGAGUUGCCAACCAUGGGCAGAAUUGGAGUCUCCUGAAGAGCAAGGGCUGAAGUGCAUAUCUGAGGUGUGGAUCCUCACAUGCCAAUGGAGAAAUAUGCUGAUUUUAUAGUGGUUAGCCGUAAAAUUUUGACAUCGGAGAGUGUAUAUCAGCAGUACAUUAACUCUCUUUUGUAUUGACAGUAAAAAAAAUAAACAGCUUUGUGUGUUAGUUGACUGUUGCUGUUGUUGAUAGUAAAUAACUUCAAUGCUGGGAGAAUAUAUCAGUGCAAGUCCUCACAUGCUCGUGAUGGCAUUUUCACUUGUUAGAAUAUGACAUUCUCCAAAACAUCCUUUCUUUUUAACUUUGCGAUGUAACAAAGAAAUCCCUAUUGUACUUUUAUGUGAAAUGCAAGAAGAGUAUUGUAAAAAA